AUGAAGCGGGACAUGUUCCUUUGUUUAUUUUUCUUUAUGAACGUAGGUGUCCUGUUGGCACCCGCCAACAGUGCGUACCGCCUAAAGAAGAGCGGUGCGAAUGUGCAGGCAGAACAGCAUGGGCAAGGGGGGGGAGUGAAAGUUGCCCAGGGAAAUAACGCAGUCUGCCCCAUGGCAAGUGCGAAAAAGGGGAACAACAGCAACCAGAAAGGCAAUGUUGUGGCGAGUAACACGUUAGAGGAGGACGUGGAUGAGAUGGACUCGGGAGAAGACCUGGUGAAUGAAGAGGCAGCGAUGGAAGAGGCGGCCGCGGAGGAAGCAGCUGUGAAGGAGGCAGCCGAUAUGGACGCAGUGGAUAAGGAAGCGGCGGAGUUAGAAGAACAGCAGUACAAUGAAAUGAAGCAGGGGAACGCGGCACAAGGGAACAACAACAACCCCAAUGUGGUAAACGCGCUCAAGGAGAUCGAGAGCCACAACAACAGUUCACAGGGGAAGAGCAAAAGUACAUGUGAAAAGGGAACGAACGAAGAAAACAAAUCCUCCUUGUAUGAGCAGAAAAAACAAAAAAUAUUGAUGAUUCAUAUAUUAAAAAGUAUUAAAGAACACUUGGACAGGCAGAAGGAAAACUUCAAUAGCUUUUUGUCUUUCUUGAGUGAAUCGUAUGCCAGCUACGAAAAGUUCAAGGGGCUCAAAAGUGUGAGCGGUGUUAGCGGUGUGAGCGGUGUGAGCGGCGUGAACAGCGUGACUGGUGAAGACAUGGCGACACCGUCGCAAUCCUUUUUGAGUUUGCAGGAGACCGCGCCAAAGUGUACCGCCGCCACGGCCCACGCGAACAAGGCGGGCAGCAGUAGCGGUAGUAGCGGCAGCAGUAGCGGCAGCGGAGGCGCCACGGGUGAGGACCACGACGAAGAGCCGCAGGAAGACGAGCCGGAGGAUGAGGACGGCGACGGCACCUCCGGGGGAGACAACCCGCAAAAUGGGGGAGAGCCAAACGGUGGAGGCGGCGACGCGGGCGGAAGCGAUGGAGAACAGCCGGGAGAUGACGCCCCGCCCACUGAUGACCAGGACGGCGACAAGAAAAACUCAGCUAAAAUGGAGCAAAUAAAGAUGAUUCUGUACGACAUGCUGAACUCCAAUGAGCUGACCAAGAAGCAGAAGGACUACGUGCAGGUGAUUCUACAAAUACUCAUGCUAGAGGAGGACGUGUUACAAAAGGAAAUGAUGCAAGUGGAGCUAAACAAAAAAAUAAUAAACGUUCUACUAGGUAAGUCAGAUGAAUUGAAGAACAUUGCUGUUACUCUCAGUAAAGGAGAAGGAGCAGGAACAGGAACAGGAGAAACAGAAGGAAACCAACGAGUGGACCUAGCACAAAAUAUUGUGUCCAACUUAUUAAAUUUUUCUGUUGAAUUAAAGAACACUGGUAAUAUAGUGUAUAAUAAUAUACAAGGACAAGGAGAGCUACUUCAGACAAUUGAAAAAAAUAUUAACGCAGCGGAGGACAAGAUAAACAACGUGCGUGUGCACACAGAGUACAAGGGGAUGAAGAAGAAGGACGAGGAACCCACUGUCGACCCAACUAACAACGAUGUUGUGGGAAGCAACAUGUGGGGUGGUGCCACUUCCUCCAAGGUGGGUACUCAGUCGGAGUUCCUUCAAUAUUGCGAUGCUGAUGAGGCAGCAGAUGGUAAUUCUGCUUGUCCAUAUACAUCUGUGUCAUCCUCCAAGAUGGGUUCAGGUGGCAUGAAACAGGGGACUGCUGGCGUUACUCAAAAAAAUGCAGCGACGAACGGUACUAACAAGUUCACCUUGGAUGAAACUAUGAAGAAUCACUUCUUCAACAAUUUCGUAAAGGAAUCUGUCACGCUGAAGAAGCUCUACCGUCUGCUAUAUGACAUGUUCUAG